AGCUGGACUCUGGACGGUGCCGCGCAUUUCUCUAACAAAAACAACACGCUCUUCGUCGGCUCCGCUUUUAUCGAAACCUUUUUGUCUUCGGUCGGCAGGAGCGCAGAAUUCAUCUCUUAAAAUUCAUUUAUCUUUGCUCGUGAGCCGGAUCCACAUUCGAGUCUUUCGUCCGAUCCAAAAACACCUCAGAACUAUGGGAAUUUUGGGCCUGUCCAAGUUGAUUUCGGACGUCGCGCCGGGCUCGGUCAAAGAGAGCGAAAUCAAGCACUAUUUCGGUCGGAAAGUGGCCAUCGACGCGUCCAUGAGUCUGUACCAGUUCCUGAUCGCCGUCCGCUCGGAAGGCGCCCAACUCACUUCGGCUGACGGAGAGACGACCAGCCACUUGAUGGGCACCUUUUACCGAACCAUCCGUCUGGUCGAGAACGGAAUCAAGCCGGUCUACGUUUUCGACGGCAAACCUCCGGAGAUGAAAUCUGGGGAGCUGGAGAAGAGACAGGAGCGACGUCAGGAGGCGCAGAAGGCUCUGGAGAAAGCCACAGAAGCUGGUGAUGCCGAGCAGGUGGACAAAUUCAACCGCAGACUGGUCAAAGUGACCAAAACACAUGCCGAAGAGUGCAAGAAGUUGCUGACCCUCAUGGGUAUUCCUUAUGUUGAUGCUCCGUGUGAAGCUGAGGCUCAGUGUGCAGCUUUGGUCAAGUCGGGAAAAGUUUUCGCCACGGCCACCGAGGACAUGGACGCCCUGACCUUUGGCUCCAACAUUUUGCUCAGACACAUGACCUUCAGCGAGGCGCGCAAAAUGCCCAUCCAGGAGUUUCACUUGGACAAAGUUCUCGGCGGACUCGAACUCAGCAAGGAGCAGUUUGUGGACUUGUGCAUCUUGCUGGGUUGCGAUUACUGCGACUCGAUCAAAGGCGUCGGACCCAAGAGGGCCAUUGAAUUAAUCCGCAGCCACGGCAGCAUCGAGAAAAUCAUCAACAAUCUCGACAAGAAGUUCACAGUUCCGGAAAACUGGCCCUACGAGUACGCCCGCCGACUUUUCGUCGAGCCAGAAAUAACAAAUCCAGAUGAUCUCGAGUUGAAGUGGGGUGCGCCUGAUGAGGAUGGACUUGUCCAAUACUUGUGCGUCGAGAAAGGUUUCAAGGAAGACCGAGUGCGCAGUGGAGCGGCCAAACUGGCCAAGAGCAAGAGCAGCGCAACCCAAGGCCGCCUCGAAGACUUUUUCAAAGUGAUUCCCAACAGCAACCCCUCGGUGAAGAGGAAGGCUGACGAGAAAACUAACAAGAAUGCCAAAAAGACCAAGGGCAAGGGUAGCUUCAGAAAGCCCAAAUAAAUUUAAUCAAUAACACUUUUUAUGUUUUUACCUCAAUCUCAUUAUACGUAUUUUUAGGAGUUAAUAUUAUCAUGCAAGCAGUGCGUUUUGGUAAAUAAAUAAAUUCCUCAUUUUUAAUGAAGUAAAAGUAA